AUGUCGGAACAAGAUUCUAUAGAGCAGAAUCAACCUGUCGUUGUAAAAAUAAAAAGUAACGUGAUAGGAAAUGAAAUUCAACCGUUGUCAAUGCAAGGAAAUUUGGCACAUAACUGGGGAGAAUGGAGCAUAAAUUUCAAAAUAUUUUUGAGAGCCACAGGUUUAGAGGAAGAAAACGAUGCGAGAAAAGUAGCUUUAUUAUUGCACUAUAUUGGUACAGAUGCAAGAAAUAUUUACAAGUCAUUUGAGUUUAACAUGGAUACUGUAACAUUUCAAGAAGUUGUAGAGAAAUUUGAAAAAUACUGUAACCCGAAGAAAAAUUUAACAGUAGAAAGACAUUAUUUUCUUACCAGAGUACAGAAAGAUGGUGAAACCAUUGAAGAUUUUAUGACUAGUCUAAAGAAUUUGAGUUUAACAUGUGAAUUAGCAAUUUUAAAAGAAAGUUUGGUGUGUGACAUGUUCAUUAUUGGUUUAAAUCCUAAAUACCAUUCAAUUAAGCAAAAACUAUUGCAAGAAGUAGAUCUGAAGACAGAAAAGGUAUUACAAAUUGCUCAAAAUAUAAUUACAACUCAAAUGCAAGCACAACAGUUAAAUAAAAAUUCAGAAGCAGUGGUAUACAAAGUAGAGAAGAAUAAAGAUGGUCCAGGUCCAAAUUUUUCAAAUCAUUCAAGGUAUAGAAAUGAAGUCCCAGGUCCAAGUUGGAGAAAUGAUAGUCAAAGGUACAACAUAGAUGGUACGAACAUAAACAGUCAAAGUCAGGUAACAAGUCAGAAUUUUAAAUCAAGAUAUAAUGGAUAUGCAAAUCAGAGUAAGAAUAGUGAAAAUAAUCAAGUGGUAAGAAAAGUUUGUCAAAGAUGUGGUGAAAAUCAUAGAAAUAAAUGUCCAGCAUUAGUAGCUAUUUGUCAUUAUUGUAAAAAACAAGGUCAUUAUGCAAAAUGUUGUCAAACUAAAAGAAUAAAUAAUAUAAAUUUAAGAGAAAGUACAGUACAAUCAUCUAAUAAUGAAAAUGAUUCAUGUUUUGUUAUUAAAACUAUUAGUCAGAAUAGUAUUAAUCAGAAUUGGUCAAUUGUAGUCAGAAUCAAUAAAAUAAAUGUAGUAUGUUAUUUAGAUACAGGUGCACAAGCUAAUGUGAUGUCAAUAAAAAUUUUUAAUGAGGUUAAUGUACAAAAGUUAGAACUGGUACCUACAUGUAUAAAUUUAAAGUCUUUUUCAAAUGAUGUCAUACCUAUAGUAGGAAAAGUAAAUUUGUUAUGUGAAAUUGAGAAUAGGUUAGAAAGUAUUGAGUUCAUUAUUGUGAAUUUGGAGUGUCAAACAAUUUUGGGUCUAGAUACUUGUCAUAAAUUAAAAUUAAUUAAAAGAGUUGGUCUAGUAAGUCAUGAGUCUAUAAUAGAGAAAAAUAAACAAGUUUUUGCUGGUCUAGGUUGUCUACCUAAUGUAUGUCACUUAGAAACUGAUAAAAAUAUUAAACCUAUAAUAGAACCGCCAAGAAGAAUACCUUUUUCUUUACAUGAUAAAUUAAAAGAAGAAUUAAAUAGAAUGUUGUCUACGGGAGUAAUAGAAAAAGUCAAUGAAGCAAGUGAAUGGGUAAAUUUAAUAGUCUUAGUCGAAAAAAGUAAUAAAAGUUUGAGAGUUUGUCUGGAUCCCCGUAAUUUAAACAAAGCUAUAAAAAGAUGUCAUUAUCCUAUACCAACAUUUAAUGAGAUUAGGUCAAAAUUAGCAAAAGCAAAAUAUUUUUCAACACUAGAUGCACAGUCAGGGUUUUGGAUGAUACCAUUAGAUUUAGAGAGUUCUAAGCUAUGCACAUUUAAUACACCCUUUGGAAGGUUUAGAUUUACAAGAUUACCUUACGGUAUAAGCUGCGCUCCUGAGAUUUUUCAUAAAGUAAUGAAUGAAAUAGUAGGAGACAUAGAAGGAGUUUGUUUAUAUAUAGAUGAUAUUUUAAUUUAUAGUGAAACUUUGGAAGGUCACAAUAAAAUACUAGAACUAGUACUAGAAAGGGCAAAACAAUUCAAUUUAAAAUUCAAUAUGGACAAAUGCAAAUUUCUAUUAUCAGAUAUAAAAUAUUUGGGUCAUAUUUUUAGUGCAGAAGGCAUAUGUCCAGAUUCUAGUAAAGUAAGUGCAAUUUGUCAAAUGUCUAUUACUAACAGUGUAGCUGAUAUUAGAAGAUUUUUGGGAAUGAUUAAUUAUUUAGGUGAGUACAUAGAUAAUUUAGCAGAGCCUACAAAAAAUUUAAGGUUGUUAUUGAAAAAAAAUAUUAGUUUUCAUUGGACAGAAGAGCAUGAAAGAGAAUUUGAGUCGCUUAAAGAAAUGAUUAGUCAAACGCCAGUACUAGCAUAUUUUGAUAACAAUUUACCUUUAACAUUAUCAGUUGAUAGUUCACAAUUUGCAGUUGGUGCAGUGAUUUUACAAAACAAAAAACCUAUAGCAUAUGCAUCUAAAUCUUUGUCACAGGCUCAGUCAAAUUAUGCACAAAUAGAAAAAGAGUUAUAUGCAAUACAGUUCGGAUGUACUAGAUUUAAACAAUACAUUUAUGGUAGAAAAGUUCAAGUUGAAACAGAUCAUAAACCAUUAGUCAGUCUUUUUAAAAAAACCAUUAUCUGAGGUUCCAGCACGUUUGCAAAGGAUGAUGCUAAACUUACAGCUUUAUGAUUUAGAAGUUAGCUAUACUCCAGGAAAAUUUCUUUUCAUCGCAGAUACAUUAAGUAGGGCACCAGUAGAAGGUCCAGAUAAUACUGAUAGUGGAGAUGAAGAGUUACGUAUACAUGGAAGUUUAUUAGUUAACAAUUUAGCUGUGUCUUCAAAGAAAUUAAUGGAAAUACAGGCAGCAACCAAAACUGAUAGAGUUUUACAGUCAAUACUAAGAUAUUAUAAUGAAGGUUGGCCAAGUUCGAAAAAUAAAUUGGAAACGGAGGUUAAACCGUAUUACAAUUUCAAUCAUGAAAUACAUGUUGUGGAUAGAUUAGUCUUUAGAGGAAAUCAAAUAAUAAUUCCUGAGUCAUUGCGUCAAGUUAUAUUAGAAAUAAUUCAUGAAGGUCAUUUAGGAUAUGAAAAAUGUAUUCGACAAGCACGUACAGUAGUUUUUUGGCCAGGCAUGUCAGUAGAUAUAAAGAAUAAAGUUGAACAAGUGUCCAGCAUGUCUUAAAUAUCAUAGAUCAAAUAGUCCAGAACAACUAUUACCACAUGAAAUACCAACUUUGCCUUGGCAGAAAAUUGGUGUUGAUCUUUUUUAUUAUAGUAAAGUCACAUAUAUAUUAUUAGUAGAUUAUUAUUCUAAAUACUUUGAAAUAGCGCCUUUAAAUAAUACUUCAGCAAAAGAGGUAAUUAGUACAAUGAAGUCUAUAUUUGCGAGACAUGGAAUACCAUUGAUCUUAAUGUCUGAUAAUGGUCCCCCAUUCUCAUCAAAAGAGUUUCAGUCAUUUUUAGUAGAUUGGGACAUUACUUAUCAAAGUUCUAGUCCUUAUUAUCCAAAAAGUAAUGGUUUGGUAGAGAGGACAGUUCAAACUGUAAAAAAUAUUUUUAAUAAGUGUAUAGAGUCAGGCUCUGAUCCAUAUCAGGGAAUGUUGCAAUACAGAAAUACAACGUUAGAAUGUGGUUAUUCUCCAGCUCAGUUAUUAAUGUCACGUAAUUUAAGAAUGAAAUUACCUGUUAGUGAAAAAAUACUCAUACCAAAAACAAUUGAUAGGAACGAAUAUAGCAAAUUUGUUAAGGAAAAAGAAAGGAAAGUAAAAGAAUAUCAUGAUAGGUCAGCUAGAAACUUACCGAAUCUCUUUGUUGGAGAAAAUGUAUUUUAUAAAAAGGUUCCAUCAUCACCGUGGUUACCAGCUACUGUGAUAGAAAUAGGUCCUUUUCCAAGAUCAUAUGUCGUCAGAACACCUGAAGGUGUACAUUAUCGUAGGAACAGACAACACAUAUUAAAGCCUGCCAGUACAAUUAGUAGACAAAAUAGUGAGGUGAUAGUUAAGCAUGAAAAUAGUACAGCAGCUAGUUCCAAUUUGUAUGAGGCUCCAAAUAUGAACAACGAUACAUCAAUUUCAAAUCAAAGUUAUGACAAUUUAAAUGUUAACUUAAAUAGGUCACAUAGACUAAAUGUAAGUAAUCAAUUUUGUACCAGGAGUGGUCGAAUUGUAAAUAGACCAAAAAGGUUUUCAUUUUCAGAAGAGUAA